GAGGGCGCUCUGUAUAGCUACGUAAUCGCCAUCUUUGGUGUUAUGAGUCUGAGUAAAUCUGGAAAAUAACAUAAUUAACACGUUGGCAUACGGUAAUCGGAAGGAAGUGUUAUUGAUAAUAUAACCCUUGUGUAUUUAAGUUUAUAUAUUAACUAACUUGAAUAGCAAAGAAACAACGAGCAUUUUAGAUCUGAUCUACUUCCUGACUUCAGGAAAGUAGGAAGUGGCAAUCACUUUUUCUGGCACUUGCCAACCAAAUUAAUUUUUAUAUUAAAGCAGUAAAAGAAAAUGGCAGCGGGCCCGUACAACUACAGUUAUAUAUUUAAAUAUAUAAUAAUCGGAGAUAUGGGAGUUGGGAAGUCAUGUCUCUUGCACCAGUUUACAGAAAAAAAAUUUAUGGCAGAUUGCCCACACACAAUAGGUGUUGAAUUUGGAACAAGAAUUAUUGAAGUGGCCGGUCAAAAGAUAAAGCUCCAGAUUUGGGACACAGCUGGUCAAGAGAGGUUUCGAGCUGUAACAAGGAGUUACUACCGAGGUGCAGCUGGGGCACUCAUGGUUUAUGACAUUACAAGGAGAAGUACAUAUAAUCAUUUAAGCAGUUGGUUGACUGAUGCCCGGAACCUGACCAACCCCAAUACUGUCAUAUUCUUGAUUGGAAACAAAUGUGAUUUAGAAGCUCAGAGAGAUGUCACAUAUGAAGAAGCCAAACAGUUUGCAGAAGAAAAUGGUUUAAUGUUUCUUGAAUGCAGUGCCAAGACUGGAGAAAAUGUGGAGGAUGCUUUUCUAGACACGGCCAAGAAAAUAUAUCAGAAUAUACAAGAUGGCAGCUUGGAUCUAAACGCAGCUGAAUCGGGUGUCCAGCACAAACCAGCCACACCGAGGAAUGCACUCAACACGGACCAGACUCCGAACAAAGAAGGUUGUGCGUGUUAGCAGUAGGUUCUCCGAGGUUUUGCGAGACAUGGGUCUGCCUUUCACUCUGUCAUUCCAAGGGAAUACGGUUGCUAGACUGGCAAGUGUAUGCCGUGCGUUCAUCCUGUUACAUCAGUGACUGAAACGUUGGUUUUAUUAAAAUGAUUUGAAUAUAAUAUUUUAAAAUAUACGAGUCUUUAUGCUCAGCAUUAAAACAAACAAAUGAUUUAUUAACAUUAAACAAGACAAAUUCACAACAAUUACCAUUUUUAAUAGGACAAUGUUUGUAUUAGUAAUUCUUCGUUACACAUAUUUUGUAGCGUUUUACACAGAGACGAUGUAUGUUUUGUUGGCAUACAAAGUUACACAGCAAUCAAUAGUGAAAAAAAUGUACAUUUUAUUUGAAAUCACAUAUUUAUUUAUUAACUUGUUUUAGAAAAGUACAAACAGUAUUGGCUUUCUAUUUGAUGUGAUAAAUAAAGUACAGCAAUGCACAUCUAUAUUUGGUAUUUCAUUUCUAAAUUUUAUUCACUUAUUCUUCUAUCAUUUGCAAUCACCUAAUUGGUGUAGUUAUAAAUGUACUUUGACAAACAACUGUUACUUUGUACAUGUUAAAAAGCACGCACAUUGUCUCUGGAUCAAGAGUUGUCUUCAUAGCAAUCAGUACUCACACUAGGUCUGGAACAUUUUAUUUUUUUUGUCUUAAAAAAUCACAGGGAAUUAUAUAAAUUUAAUUUGUUAAUUGAUAACCACAUAUGUUUCUGAUUUUAAUAAACCUUUCUCUCGGGUUUCUCUCUCUCUCUCUCUCUCUCUCUCUCUCUCUCUCUCUCUCUCUCUCUCUCUCUCUCUCUCUCUCUCUCUCUCUCUCUCUCUCUCUCUCUAAUGUGGUGUGAAUGUUAAAAUUAAGAAAAUAUUUUAUCAACGGGAUAGAAUAGAUUGGCAUUGGGCUGUUGUGGAUUUUUAAUCAGUUACAUUUUUAUUUUGGAAGAUCACAAGGGCAUCAAGAACAAGUCACAAGUUAAAUUUUCGUGAUUAUAACGAUAUAAAAAGCUUAGUCCUGCAUUAAAUUCUCAUCUAUAUAUAUCUUGGUAUUCACAAUGAAAUUAUGACUAAAGGUUAUUGCUAUUUUGUGCAGAAUUAUGACAAAAAACCUUAUUAUUUUAUUUGAUAUUUACAUUUAAGAUGCACAUAAUUGGCUUGAAGUGAAAUGGUAUUUAGAUAUACCCUAUUAAAUAAAGUACUGUCUAAUACACAUAUUUGAAUACAGUUGCUAAAGGGAUAUUCAUACUUCAAAUAUCUUUUCUUGAGGAUACUUUUGAAAACUGAGCAAUAGACUUGAAUGUGUUUGUACAGUAAACUGUUUAUAUACGAGAAGCUGUAAUGGUGUAUCAAAAGGGGUAAUGUACAAGCCAGUCUGGGGCUAAGAGUGGAACCAGGAAAUGGUAUUCAACAAAGAUUGUUUUCUAUGGUAACUGGAAGUUUUGGUUUUAUUAUGUUAUAUAACAUUUGGGGGGUUAUUGUUCCUGCACUACAUCGAAACUGCAUUAUUAAUUGAUAUUAUUCAUACGAGACCAACUACAUCCCAAAGCACUACAAACAUUUUCUUAUUAGUGAUUAUUAAUUCAUAUGGGACUGAGUUUUACUUAGGGCAUUACAAACAUUCUCUUACUAAUUUAAUAACGGUUUGGUUGACAUCUUGAUCAGUGUGGAAGACAAAUAGAACUAAGCAAGCCAGUGUUGUGUUUAGAUAACAUUCUCAUCUCAGACAUAUGAAUAUAUUAAACAAAAAAAUCCAGUCAUUUGUUGAAAUAGUUAUUGUAGCUGUACAGAUGACACAGUGUCGUGUUGUUGGUAUACCAGACUUGGUUUUGGUAUGUGCUUUAUUUAUUCAUUGUUCCGAUAUUUGGACGGUCGUUUUGUUUAACAUGCUUAGUUGAUUUGUGUAUUGUUGUUACGAUUCAUUCCCUGUAGUCUGUUCCCAGGUACUGAAUGUUUAGCACGGAAAUUCAUUGGUUAUUAAGAGGCAUUGGUAAAUGUAUUUGGAGAUGUGUAAUGAAGGCAUGGAAGCUCAUAACUACAUGUUAACAUUAUUUUUUUUCUUUCCCACUGGCCAAUAUUUCUCGAUAAUGUGUUAAAUGGUGUGACCUGUUUCUUGUAUAUCUAGGGAGUCACCUUUCGUUAACACACUUGUUACAGUGUGAUUGGUGUUUGUAUUCUCACGCUCAUUUAUAUUGUUGAAUUUUCAUCAGAAUAAAAUUUACUCAUACUUAUUAAUUCAGUGUUAAGUGAAAUUGUAAAAGAAUCAGUCAGCAAGAAAUGGGUUGAUUAUAAUGAAAUGUGGAUCUCUUGGUACAAAGGCACAAAUCUGCAAAUGAUAAUCAUUUAUAGAUAAAAGGAAAAGGAAAGGACCUGGUGUAAAACCUUGAAAGACACCAGCAUGGUACAAAGGGCAAUCUGCAAAUGAUAAUCAUUUAUAGAUAAAAGGAAAGGACCAGGUGUAAAAACUUGAAUGACACCAGCAUGGUACAAAGGGCAAUCUGCAAAUGAUAAUCAUUUAUAGAUAAAAGGAAAGGACCAGGUGUAAAACCUUGAAUGACACAAGCAUGGUACAAAGAACACCAGCAAGAACAAUUUAGGAAAAACAAAUAAGGUUUUACAAUGCUUGUUUAAGUCAUCAUUAAAGGGACAGACCCUAGUUUUUAAACACUAAGGCAUAAUUUUCACCUAGACUAGUUUCAACCCGUAAAAAUAGACACUAAGUUUGGUUAAUUUACAUACCUGUAACAAAUUUGGAUACUACAGAGUAAAGCAAGAGUCUGUGAUGUUGAAAUACCCUUAAAAAUAAACUAAACUGCGACUAUAUAACAGACAGUUCUCAGACGCACAUGCAUUUUUUUAAAUAUUUUAAAAAUGCAUUUUGUGUUAUUAGAAACUCCAGGAUUACCAAAACCCCCCAGAGAAAAUGGAUAAAUCUAAACAAUAAAAUAUAAGUAAUGUUUGAUUUCAGUGAUCAUAAACAACUCUAAUAGUGAAAUGUCCCUUUAAGGAUCUGAAAGCAAACCCAUUGAGUGGUUUGUCACUUUCUUAAACAGCAUUUUGUGAUGUUAAUAAAAAUGAGUUUUUAUUGCAAAAACAAAUCCUCUAAAAGCUACUUUGAUCAGUACGGUUAAGUAAGAACUUGCUUUGUUUCUUUUAUCCAAGAUAUGUAAAUAUACACUGGCCCUCAUUGCUUAUUUGUGAAGUCCAGUUUCAUGAGAUUGAGUGAGUGACUGACCAGUGCUUUGUAUGUUAUUAUGAUUAGUGUAUUUUCCUAAAUGUACUCAAUGUAACACUGUUUGUGAUUGGGCAAAUCCAAUAUUGUUGUACUGCUUUGUUAGUGAUUGGAUGGAUGAUCCUUAAUAUAUGGUCCAAAAUAAAGUUUGAAGAUUAUUACUUUUCUGGUGUACAUUUGCAAGGGCUAUUUGUAAAUAUUUGGAUUGAUUAAUAUUUUAUUUGCUGUUUAUUGAGAUGCUUAAUAUCUAUAAAAUCUGUUUUAAGUAUAUUUAGAUUUUUGGUUGCAAAGCUAAUUGUCUGAAAAUGAAAAAGACAAAAUAAAAAAAAUUGGUAGAUUAGGAGCACACAGAUUUUUAACAACAGUCUUUAAAAUAAAUUUUUAAUUUGAAUAAAUCUUAGUGCUAAGAUUAAGAAGGAAUAUAUUGUGGAAACAUUUACUAAUUUAUUGGCUUUAUUAGUCUUGAUCAUACCAUCAUCAGAGUUAUCCAAACUUCGCAAACCAGAGUCAACUGUUACAUCGGAGAAAAUUUGUAGACUGGUAUGUAACACAUUUUUAACUGAGCAGAAGACUGCAACAAGUCGGAUCACUUUGCACAAGAACUUUUCAUUAUAUCCAUGUGCUGUUACAUUAUUAAUUUCCUUUGGAUUUUCAUGUUCUGGCAAAAGAUCCUGUGGUUGAAACCAAUUUGUGUUAAUAGCGUACAGUUCUAUUUCUGUUAUGCUCAAAGAAUUUUUUGUAUUAUUCAAUAUAUUUAUUAUCACAUAUUGUACAUAGCUAUUUUGUGAUGCUUACUAUUUGAAAACAAUUGAUUUGCUUGCCUGCCUGUCAGUGUUGCUGUUGGUACAUUACUCAUAUGUUAGAAUAUAAAAAACACAUUUUGUGGUUAAUGAUUAGCCAAUUCUAUUGCCUGUUAAGUUAAGCACCAUGGGAUCUGGCUGCUUUUUUGUCUGAUCGUUGACAAUAGGUAACUUUUGAGGUAUUGGUAAAUGCUCAUACAGACAGGUAAUUGUUGGACAAUGACAAUAGUAGAUUUGAUCAAAUUUGGUAUGAAUAGGAUAUGGUUUCAAAGAUUUCCAAUGUUCAUAUCUGUUCACACAUGGUUUCCAAGGUAAUGUAUUGAUAAGAUUACCAUCAUGGUUGGUCACACUUGUAUUAGUAGAAUUUUCAGACAAAUGAUAGAAGGAAUCCAAAUUCCCCAUUUGGUUAAGCUACAACUUGUUCAUGCAAAAUAGCAGCCUCAUCCAAAAUGCUUAUGAAUUUAUUGAAUAAACUGAAAAUAAAAUUAAUUUAAAAUUCAUCUUGGCAUAUUAAAUUGGUGUUUGGGUAAUAUUUUAAGGUGGGAAAAUGUUUUGUUGUUUGUGAAUGAGAAUGGUGAUCACUGAUGGGCAGGCAUUUUAGUGAAAAUAUCUUUAAAUAGUUUUGUGAAUAGCUAUCCUAGAUGUGAACAGAAGUAAAGUGGGGCAUGCAUUAUGUGACAUGUUAUCUGAGGUGUUGUUGCAGAAUCAAAACCAAGAAUGUCACACCUUGUCUAGUGCAUGCCAGGCUUUCAGUAGUUAGCAAUGUCAUCACAUCUGGACUUGUAAAGACAUAAUAUCAACAAAAAAUAAUAAAAUCAUGAUGUAAAUAA